GUUUUCGAGAUGGAGACACUCAACUAAAAAAUGUAUGUCUUUAAGCUUACCGAACAUGGGGGCUCUUAUUAUGCAUAAUGUGCUCAGCUGGCGCAAGUAUCAACAAAGAGGUAAAAUCAGCUUCAAUGGAUAUCCUCGAAAGGUUAGCAAAAAUAUCAGUAACAGAAGAACAUAAGCAGAAUAAUUUUAAUCUCCACGAAAGUCUGAGCUUACUGGUCCAUUUUCUAACACUUAAAGCUCCAUCCAUCACAGCAGGGAAGUAUUUUCAACUGGAUUACACACUCAUAUUCACUCUGUUAGCCUCUACGUACUAUUAUGUUGCUAUAUUUAUACAGUUCAAGUAAUUAUAUCAAUCAGCGUCGAUGUGCAAAGUUUUAAAUUGAAUAUAGCAG